UGUUCUUGUAUUUUUACUAAAUGGAAUUGGUUUGAGCAAUGAAGAACCAAUAGAACCAUCAUCGCAUGGGUAUGCAUUAAGCCAAGCUCACAUGUUGCCAUUAUUGUCACUAAAGGAAAAGGCGGUUAGGAUCCUGCAAAACUAUGCAGAUGAUCUUAGAAAAAGAUUAUCACAUAUCAAACUAGCCAUUAAUCAACUGGAAAAUCUUCUUAAGACCAAUCAUUCGUCAAAUUCUUUCUACACUUUUAAAUUAACACGCCAAUUAUAUUUUGACUGGCAAAAUUGGUUGCAUUUUCUAAAAGAAAAACACGGUUUUGAAGAAAUUACCAAUUUACAAAACUUGCGAGAAAACAUGCCUACAAAGAUAGACUAUAAUGAAGCUCUUUAUGGCAUGUAUCGAUUGCAGUCAACCUACAGACUUGACCCAGCUGAAAUGUCAAUUGGUUUGCUAAGAGGAAAGCAAUACAGGUGCAAGAAAUUUGGUGUUUUGGAGUACCUAAUGAUGGGCUCUGUUUUUUAUCUCGACGAAAAGUUCCAGGGAGCAGAACGUUGGUUUAAAUUGGCUCUGGAAAACUACAAUAAUGAGUCGAAUUCGAAGAAGUUUGAUAUUUUUGGUCUAUCUAAUGAAUUUAUUUUGAAACUGCUUAUGAAGGCUGCUCAGAGUUCCGGUCGUUAUAAGGCCGCUUUGGAAUAUGCAAAUAAAGCACAGAACUUAAAUCAAAGUCAAACAUUUUGGCAUCAACAGAUUCCCAGACUAAAAAAGUUGAGUUCGAUACCGGAAGUACUUAAACCGGAAAAGCCAAAUCAUUUUUUAUUUAAACCAGCUUGUCGCAUGGAAUACCCCGCAAAAAAAUAUUUGCGUUGUCAUCUUCUACACUACUCACCGUUUCUUCAGUUGGCUCCCAUAAAAAUGGAGGAGUUGAAUCUUGAUCCACCUAUAAAUAUUUACCACAAUCUCAUCCAUAAUGAAGAAAUUGUGUUGCUAAAGACUCUAUCAAAUCCACACUUAAAGCGCAGCAUGUUUUUCACCAGUGCAAAUGAGGUAAUUGAAGACUUCUCUAAUCUGCGCACAUGCAAGACAAUGCGCUUAAAGGAUAAUGCUCAUCAUAACUUAAUGAAGAAUUUGAAUCAACGUGUUAUGGAUGCCACGGGCUUAGAUGUAAAAGAUUCAGAGGAGUUGCAAAUCAGUAACUAUGGUAUUGGUGGACAUUUAUAUGAGCACCAGGACUCAGCACAAUCAACUAAUAGUUCGUUUUGGAAAUACGGCAAUCGAAUUAUUACGGCUUUGUAUUAUCUAAGCGACGUUGAGCAAGGUGGUGAAACGGUUUUUCCCUAUCUGGAUCUACGAGUUCAUACUCAAAAAGGAUCCUUGCUGGUAUGGUACAAUCUUUUAUUAAAUGGAACCUGCGAUUGGAGAGUAACACAUGUAUCUUGCCCCAUUUUGAAGGGUGACAAAUGGAUUGCCACCAAAUGGCUUCGAGAAAAUGCUCAAAUGUUUAUUCGACCUUGUCCAUUGAAGAUAAAGCCACCGCAAGAAUAUAAUGCAAAGAUUAUUGAUAAAAUGUUUAUGAAUGAAAAUUUAUAAAGUUUAAAGUUUAUAUAACA